CUACUGUCACUGCUACAAAUGAAAAAAAAAAAGGCACCUCGAUUUGUUGUAAAGGCAGCUCAGAUGCACAGGGACUGCACCCCAUAGCAAAUAAGUGACAAACAGUGUUCUGACCUCACAUUUUGGUGUCGACUGGGACCCCUUGGAACCACAACAAAGUAGGUACUAAAAAAAGGGCUGGUUCCAUGAAUCUGGCCUAAUGAAAUUGGCUUGGAACCGUACCGAACCAACCCUACACUAAGUGGCAUAGUGGAAAAGAGGCGUUAGUAACUGUGGCCCUCUGAGCAAUUUCGUUGAAUAGCCCUGGUCUAUGUUGUGGGCCUACGCCAUGAGGUCAUGUGGUGACAUCAGAGCUAAACUGCUCUUUGAAACCAACAUGUCCACAAGAUCUGGUUCCCUUCAGAGCCAUAAGUCCCAUCUCGACAGUCACUUGACGUGUGGUCUAAUAAAGAUUCAUCUUAGUGCUUUGAUUACAUUGAGUGCGUACCUGCAUUGCAGAAAUGCACAUUAUGUAGAAAACCUACUUGAGUAAACUCUUUAUAGCUACACUUUAGGCCUAGUAUUAAGUGUAUUUUAUAGUUAGCAAUAAGUACCUUUAAUGAUACAUAUUAUGUGUGUAAAUUCUAAAUGUUAUUUGUGAAUUAUAAGAAUAAAAAAUAAUAAUAUUAUGAGGGGGGGGGGGACCACUGGCAUUACAAAGAAAGAACCCUUCAGUUGGGUUUGUGAUUCCUGAGAUGUAUUUGGUCCAUUUAUUCUGAAAGCUGUGAUGUUUUGAACAGCCACAGGGGGAUUUUUUUCCCCUUUAUGGCGAUUUUGGGUGGAGUUACAGAACCGAGUUCUGUUCUGGGUGUUGGACUCAUUUAAAAAAGGCGUUAUGGAAAACUGCGUCACUCUGACAAAAUCAGUUUCACCUCCCCGUGUUGUUGACAGAGGAAGGAUGUUGCACAUGGUUCGGGUGUGAUUGGGACACACACACACCGUGGCUGCUUCUCACACACACACCGGACACGACUGAACAACUGGGAGCGACCCACACCAAGCCGACUUCACGUUAUGGAGGACUUAUCAGCUAUUCCAUGCAGCUCACAGCUGCCUAAAAUGAUCCUGUGAUGGAUUUAUUCAAGCCGAACUGUGCCGAAGCUCUCAGUAAAUAUCUAAUCAAGCUGGAGUUGUAAGGGAACAAUAUUGGUCACAAUAUGGAUGGAAAUCAGAACAACUUCUGGGGGCAGCAGAACAUCAACAGAUUUUGCUUCAACUCGAGUGCCGACAUCGAACACAACCUGAGGGAGCAGCAACGAACGGCCAAGGAAUUUAACCCCAACAUCCCUUUCUCCCUUUUUCCCUUCUACACUGAUUCUUACCGCCUAACCUCGGAUAACGCAGCGCUGCCCAGUGAGGGAGAUCAGGUGGUCCCUUCCUCCCAGAAACGAAAAGCGUUCGGGGGCCACCAGAAGGAGGCCAAACCCCUCCCCCCUCUGCCCGACCCUGAGGAGUUCAUGUCCGAUGAGGCGGCUGAUAACGAGGUCGAAUUCUUCACCAGUGACCGCCAGAGUCUUCUGCCUAAAAGCUGCCCAAAGGCCAUUUGUGCAGGCAGCAGCAAACACUGCGGCCAGGUAAAUUAUGCCUACAGGGAGAGCUCGGCUUGGGAUGUGGGGUCCGGGAUCGGAUCCAUGGCUUUCUCUUGGCCCAGCAGAGAGGACAGAUCAAUGAGCAGCGGAGGCAGGUUUGGAGCCAACAACCCCAAGUUCCCUCACUUUGCUCCGCAGAAAGAAAACAACCAGCAUGUCGUGUCUGCUGUGUUUGGAAGCCAAGAGCCGGAACAACACAAGUCCUCCAGAAUCCAGUUCUCCUGUCCAGGUUUUCCUGCUCAAGCACACACGAGCUCCACGACCCGUUCCACCGAAAAGCCGCAGAUCCCCCCUCGUGUCCCCAUCCCGCCUAAACCCUCUGCUUGUUUAAAGAGCGCCAGCGAGGAAGAAAAGCCGCCUAAAAUCCCCCCGAGGGUCCCUUUAGUGCCGCCGUGCCCGCCCCGCACGCCCAGCCCCAAAAGUCUUCCCAUUUACAUCAACGGAGUGAUGCCCGUCACUCAGAGCUUUGCUGCGAAUCCAAACUACGUCAGCAGGGCCUCGCAGAGACCGCGGAGUGAGAGGGCCCCAACUCCCACACAGUCCUCGCCGCGGAUUGUUCCCAUUUUGAAGGACGGCAAACAGGCCAGCGCCACGCACUACAUCCUGCUGCCGCCGGGCCGCCCGGCUCAGACCGAGAGGCGGGAAAGACUCCGGAGUGAACCGAACGGGACAGGAAGUACCGGCGCCUGGCUGAAGAGAUAGAAACUGAAACCUAACGAGCAAAGAACCGUGACUGACAUCGUUUAGAAGUACAUUAUUGCACAGUGUGUGAAAGCAGGUACUCACGUCUAAUGUUUUUUUUUUUUUUACAAACUCUUUAAAUGUUGUGUAAUGUCACUGAGAUGUUUUGUGUCUGUUUUUGACUGAACAUUUUACCGGUCAGUAUUCCAUAGACCUCUUUUCUUUCUACAACACCGUACAGCACAGUGUUAUCAUACUUUCACAAAGAGUAGAGAAAUAAUAUACCUCCUGCAACACAUGUUCAAGCUGAGAAACUGCUGUUUUUGUAUAGUAAAAAUGUAUCGUUAACGUUUUAACCCUGACAAAAACGUGCCACUAAAACCAAACUGUUUUUACCACAACAGAGCGAAUAAUUCAAGGUACAAGCUGGGAUUGUACUAAACUGUUCAUUGCACUUGUGCUACGUUUUUUUUUUUUUUUUUGAGAAUGCUACUUGAAAAUUCUAAUAUAUUUAUAGAUAGAAGUCAUUCUCACUUAAAUAUUUAUGUUAAAUGUUACAGUGAAGAUUAUGUUCAGCAGCAUAACACACGUGGAAGUAAAUUAAUGUUUAACCUGAUCUGCCUCAUGAGUUUCACUUUAUUUUCUUGACUGUUUGGAUUUUAUUGUAAAAUUGUUUUAUUUAACACAGAUUUUAGUUUAGACCAACAGAUGCCUGCCUGAAAAUGUUUAAUUCAAAAGGUACAUUCAGCUAUCUGAAUAGUCAUUUUUGAAUUGACAAAACUUCCUGGACGUGAAGCAGAAAGUCCUUUUUUAUUAUUAAACUAAUUUUCUUUAAUAUGAAUGGAAGUAUAUUUUUAUAUUAAUUAAAAAAACAAGACCAACUGAAAUAAUAUACUGUAGCUUUAUGCAAAUUUGGUUUAUGUGUAUGAACUUAGCUUCCAUUUAAAGUACAGGUUGUAGAUGGAAUAAAAAAUUAAACAACAUACACAUAUGUCAGACCAAUGUUUACUUUUUUUUUUGCGUCAAUUUCUUGGAAGUCCUCAUGAAGGUUUGGUAUCAGUUUAGGCCCUGGAAAAGGCUUCAAGUUUAUCAUUGUCAAAAGUAAAUAACUGUUUUGUUUUAGUUGUAUUUAUGGAAAUAAAUAACUUAUUCCUUGAA